ACUUUUUUGGGUCUGAAAGAGAGUGAAAAUAUCAAGAGAAUAUAAGCAAACCCACCCAAACCCGUAAUUUCUUUCCUCUUUCAACUCUUCUCGCUGUCUCCAAACCAGGUUUCUCAUCUCCCGUUUCUUUUUGCGUCUUCAUAUUGGGACAAAACAAUGAUCACCAUUGAUUGGGAUUCACUGUUUGAUCGUUCAACUUAAUUAUUUCUUUCAGGGUUUCAAUUAGAUCUUAACUUUUCCAAGGAUUCACCUCUUUAUAUCUGAUUCAAUUAUUCUCCUACUCAACUCACCUCAAUCGUUCUCCUACUUAAUUGGAACUUCUGAUUGCUUUUUCUUUGAAAAUGAUGGCUACUCCAACUAAACCAAUGGCCGUAAUGUUGUCUGAAUCUUUGGAACACAAGGGAAAGGAUAUCACUGAAUUAAAUGGUAACAUACAUCAAUCCCCUAUAAGUCAACAGCCCAAUAGCUCCUCGGAUGGUUCAGUAGCUAUUCUUUGGGACAUUGAAAACUGUCCUGUUCCGAGUGAUGUCUGCCCUGAAGACGUAGCAGGAAAUAUAAGGAUGGCGUUGCAAGUGCAUCCAGUAAUUCAAGGAACUGUCAUGGUAUUUUCUGCUUAUGGUGACUUCAACGCUUUCCCUAAGCGACUUCGAGAGGGAUGUCUAAGAACUGGUGUUAAUCUCAUUGAUGUUCCUAAUGGGAGAAAAGAUGCCGCUGAUAAAGCAAUCUUGGUUGACAUGUUUUUAUUUGCUCUUGACAACCCUCCCCCAUCAUCUAUUAUGCUAAUAUCUGGAGACGUUGACUUUGCCCGAGCACUUCACAUUCUUGGACAACGGGGAUACACUAUAAUUCUUGUCAUCCCUUCUGGGGUGGGUGUUUCAUCUGCUUUAUGCAAUGCCGGAAAGUUUGUCUGGGAUUGGCCUAGCGUUGCUCGUGGAGAAGGAUUUGUUCCCCCGGCAAAGGCUUUAGUACCACCUCGUGGAGGUUCAGUUGAGGUUGCUGGAUAUUUGAUGGGGUGCCAUAUUAAUGACAACUUCGAGGGACAAAAUGAGGAAGAAGCAAUAGUUUAUAGAGGGAUGUCACAGAGAUUAUAUAACUCAAGGGAUUUCUCUAUGGUUUCACAAUCUCUAUCUGAAUACAAUUGUACCACAUCGAACAUGGCUGGCUUACCGACAACUAUGAGAUCACACAGCCUUCCACCUGGGAUGAUUGAUGUUUCAGGAAUAUCUAUGCCUUCUAGUGACAAUAAUGAAGGCCAGCUUUGGGGCCCUAUGUCUAGCGAUUUAAAUGUUCUCAAAGGCCAGUUGGUAAAGUUGCUUGAACUUUCUGGAGGGUGCCUGCCUCUGGCUCGAGUUCCAACAGAGUAUCAGAAAGCUUAUGGGAGAACUCUUUAUGUAUCUGAUUAUGGAGCAAUUAAGUUAGUCAAUCUUUUCAAGAAGAUGGGUGAUACAAUGGCAGUGGAAGGGAAAGGUCAGCGUAAAUUUGUGUAUCUCAGAAACUUCAAGGUAGGCCCGAGCGCUCCCCCAUUGGCUCUAGCAAAGAAAGACAAGAAAGGAAAGGGGCUUCCAGAAGAGAAUAUGAAUACUGUCACCGGUGGUGUCUCUUCAGAUGAGUUCUCAGAUGAAGAAAGACUAGUCAUGGAAGAACCUGAUGAGAGAAAUUGUGUAGGAAAGGGCAGUCAAAGGAGAGCAGCUAUCAAUGACCGUGCUCUUGAGCAGUUCAAGUUCGAGCUUCAAGAGAUUCUAGUCAGCUACUCAUGCCGAAUAUUCCUAGGUUGUUUUGAGGAUAUAUACCAACAAAGGUACAAGAGACAAUUGGAAUAUCAGAGACUUGGAGUGAACAAGUUGGAGGAUUUGUUUGAAAAAGUCAAUGAUAUUGUAGUAUUGGUUGAGGAACCAGGAAGCAAGAGGAAGUUCCUUGCUCCAGUGGGGGGUUAGAAUGCUAAAGCAAAUUGCUGCCUUGUGGUUUUAACUUAAAAUAUUUUUAAAAGAGAAGGAAAACUUGUUCUUUCUAGCAAUCCCAUCCUUAUUCUAGUUUUAUUUAUUUUCCUUCUAUAUAGUAAAGAUGAUACGCUGGGAACAUGUGUGUAUUUUUUAUUGUCACUGUCCCGCAUGUAUUUUGAAUCUGUAUUAAA